CUUUAAUCCGAUUCCCAGAGAACUGUCUCAUCUCAGCCUGGCAGAGGACAGCUGGCAUGUGGAUGGAUUGUUACUGAUGGGUGGAAAAGCCGGCCAGAGCCCAGCAGGUCCUUCAGUGCAUAUGGAAGAAGAUUCUGUAGUAGGUGGCUGCUGCUCAUUUUUCUGAAUUUCUAACCAGCAUAAUGCUGGAGCAGGAGGCUGGCAGCCUGCAGUUUUCAAAAUGGCCGAGUUGGACACUGAUUUGGAUCACAUCAUUCCAUCUUCUGUCCUUCCACCUUUCUGGGCGAAGUUAGUAGUGGGGUUUGUUUCCCUCGUGUGUUUCGCACGGAGCUAUGAUGGAGAUUUUGUCUUUGAUGACUCUGAAGCUAUUGUUAACAAUAAGGACCUCCGGGCUGAAACGCCCCUUGGGGACCUGUGGCAUCAUGACUUCUGGGGCAGUAGACUGAGCAGCAACACCAGCCACAAGUCCUACCGACCUCUCACCGUCCUGACUUUCAGGAUUAACUACUAUUUGUCGGGAGGCUUCCACCCUGUGAGUUUCCACGUGGUCAACAUCCUCCUACACGGUGGCAUCUCUGUCCUCAUGGUGGAUGUCUUCUCAGUGCUGUUUGGUGGCCUGCAGUACACCAGUAAAGGCCGGAGGUUAAACCUGGCCCCCAGGUCCUCCCUGCUGGCGGCACUGCUGUUUGCCGUGCAUCCGGUGCACACAGAAUGUGUUGCUGGUGUUGUCGGCCGUGCAGACCUCCUGGGGGCCCUGUUCUUUCUCUUAUCUUUCCUUGGCUACUGUAAAGCAUUUAGAGAAAGUAACAAGGAGGGAACGCAUUCAACCUUCUGGGUGUUGCUGAGUAUCCUCCUGGGAGCGGUGGCCAUGCUGUGCAAAGAGCAAGGGAUCACCGUGCUGGGGUUGAAUGCAGUCUUUGACAUCUUGGUGAUAGGCAAAUUAAAUGUUCUGGAAAUUGUCCAGAAGGUACUCCAUAAGGACAAGUCAUUAGAGAACAUCAGUGUGCUCAGGAAUGGAGGCCUCCUCUUCAGAAUAACCCUCCUGGCCUCGGGGGGAGCAGGGGUGCUCUUCGUGCGCUGGAGAAUCAUGGGCACUGGGCCACCGGCGUUCACCGAGGUGGACAACCCUGCCUCCUUUGCAGACAGCGCCUUGGUCAGGGCCAUAAACUAUAAUUACUACUAUUCAUUGAAUGCCUGGCUGCUGCUGUGCCCCUGGUGGCUGUGUUUUGAUUGGUCAAUGGGCUGCAUCCCCCUCAUUAAGUCGGUUGGUGACUGGAGGGUAAUUGCACUAGCAGCUCUCUGGAUCUGCCUAAUUGGCCUAAUACGCCAAGCCCUGUGCUCUGAAGACAGCCACAGGAGAAGGAUCCUUACACUGGGCCUGGGAUUUCUCAUUAUCCCAUUUCUUCCUGCGAGUAACCUGUUCUUCCGAGUGGGCUUUGUGGUGGCAGAGCGAGUCCUCUACCUCCCCAGUGCUGGGUACUGCAUGCUGCUGACUUUGGGAUUCGGAGCUCUCAGUAAACAUACGAGGAAAAAGAAACUAAUCGGUGCUUUCGUACUGGGAAUUUUAUUCAUAAACAUGCUGAGAUGCGUGACUCGCAGCUGCGAGUGGCGGAGUGAAGAGCGGCUUUUUAGAAGCGCCCUGUCUGUGUGUCCUCUCAAUGCCAAGGUUCACUACAAUGUUGGCAAAAACCUGGCUGACAAAGGCAAUCAGACAGCUGCCAUCCGAUAUUACCGGGAAGCCGUGAGAUUAAAUCCCAAGUACGUCCACGCCAUGAAUAAUCUUGGAAACAUCUUAAAAGAAAGGAAUGAGCUGCGGGAAGCGGAGGAGCUGCUCUCUUUGGCUGUACAGAUACAGCCGGACUUUGCCGCCGCGUGGAUGAAUUUGGGCAUAGUGCAGAACAGCCUGAAACGGUUCGAAGCCGCGGAGCAGAGUUACCGGACAGCAAUCAAACACAGGAGGAAAUACCCGGAUUGUUACUACAACCUUGGGCGUCUGUAUGCAGAUCUAAAUCGUCAUGUGGAUGCAUUGAAUGCAUGGAGAAAUGCUACUGUGCUGAAACCAGAGCACAGUUUGGCCUGGAACAACAUGAUCAUACUCCUUGACAAUACAGGUAAUUUAGCCCAGGCUGAAGCGGUUGGCCGGGAGGCGCUGGAAUUGAUACCUAACGACCACUCUCUGAUGUUCUCGUUGGCGAACGUGCUGGGGAAGUCCCAGAAAUACAAGGAAUCUGAAGCUUUAUUCCUCAAAGCAAUUAAAGCUCAUCCAAAUGCUGCAAGUUACCAUGGCAAUCUGGCUGUGCUUUAUCAUCGCUGGGGACAUCUAGACUUGGCCAAAAAACACUACGAGAUCUCUCUGCAGCUUGACCCCAGUGCGUCAGGAACUAAGGAGAAUUAUGGUCUCCUAAGGAGGAAGCUAGAGCAAAUGCAAAAAAAAGACGUCUGAUCUUUUUCCCUCAUUUUUUGAGUUUGUGCAUAUGUGCAUGAGGCAUAUCUUCAAUGUUACGUGGUUACAUUUAACCAUUUAAAAAUCUUGUUGUUUGUUUUAUUCUGUUUUUUUUUCUAUGAAAACAAAGACGUGCAAAAAGAUUACAGCACCAGCAAUAUACCCUUCAAUGCUUGAUGUGGUUUUUGCAUUGAAAUUGUAUUUUUUCAGACAACUCUGUAAAUUCUAAAAUUCCAAGUAUGAGCUCUUUUUUAAUUAAAAAGAAAAAGAGAAAAAAAUUACCUUGAGCGACUUGAAUAGAAUUAAACCUGCAUUGGGGAUGUGAGCUGUGUUGUGUAGGGACUAGCGCUAUUAAACGUUGAUUGUAAAUAAGAAAUGCCAAACUGACUCCUACAAUUUAUAUAAAUAUCCACUGUGUCUGUAUAUUAGAAUUUUUAUUUAAUGACAAGAAAGAGUAAAUGAAGAUUUUUGGUUUUUUAAUCUUUUUUAAAAACAAAAUGAACUUCAUUUGUAGGGAAAUAUAUUUAUUAGUAUUUUUGUGUUUUGAACAGGGCAAAUAAUUGAAUGAAGAAUGGAAAUUUAACAUCUAGUAUAUUUAUGUACUUUUUCCUCCAUAGGAGGAAAUUCAGUCCUGCAAUGUUUUUUGGAGUCUCCAACUUGUGCAGUUUUAUAAUACAGAAAAUUAUGUGGUAUUCUACAUAAACUGUCCCUAUUAAUAGAAAAUUCAAGCCAUGCUUUAGGCAAAGGCAGGCAGCCUGAUGUCUUUGUUACAUCCGCUAUUAAGAGGGCUACACAUGUAUGUAAGUUGCUUUUUUAUGUUUUUAGCUGUAAAGCAAUUUUCCAUUUGGCUUAAUGGAACUACAGUCAUUACUAUAUCCAGAAAACACAAGAAGUAAAUUUUCUCUCAAAAGGAGCCACAUUUGGGAAAUUUGUGGUACUUUUAAGAAUUGGAUUAUUUUUCCUGUUUUAUUUAAUCAGAAUAAUCAUGUUAAUUUGUUUUGCUUUAUCCUUCUAUGUAUGCUAUUGACCUAAUGAUUUAUGCAAUCUCUGUAAUUUCUUAUGCAGUAAAAUUAUUACACAAACUGAUAAAAAUAAGGCACAUCACCUUAUUAGAUGACUUUCAAGUUAGUGAACUGUGUGUCAUCCUUUUCCUUACAUCGAAAUCAAAGUGACCAAUUCAUC